UUUAGCCUUAACCAAUUAACCAAACAUUCCAAGUUAAAUGCAUUAUAUUUAUUCCUAGCAUCUUGUUUAAUUUCCUCAUCAUUCUUUCAAUUUGUUCUUAAAUCUAAUGGAUGGCACCGCCGCCGCCGCCAACCAUGUCAGCCAGAAGAACGACCGGCGGCAAGAUCUUUGGUGCUACCAUUGUUACAAAACAGUCACCCUUUCAUCUUCUGAAACAACAUUAAUAUGUCCAACAUGUUCCGGCCAUACUCUCGUCGACUUCAUUUAUGCAUUUCUGGACAACCAGCUCUGUUUUUGGUGCUACCAAUGUGAAACCUACGAACUCUCAUCACCUUCUUGUCGGACCAUGAACUGCCCUCAAUGUACCAAUCCCAUGUUUCAGAUGUACAGAAUCGCAAUAAGCCCACCCAGCCGCCGAGUUGACGUGAUACUAAGAAAGCCUCCCGGAGUGGACCCUCCACCCCCCACAAACAACACUUUGGGUCCCAUGCUUGCUGUCCUCAGUUUCAUAAUAGAGACCCAUCUUACCGGAGCCGCUUCCCGGCCGCCUCCGGCGCCGGGAUCGGUAAUUGUUGCUAUACCCACCGUGGAAAUCACGGAAUCUCAUAUGUCAGCUGACUCGCCGGCGCCUUUAUGUUCGGUGUGCUGGGGAGAUUUUGUGGUUGGUGGGGAAGCACGGGAGUUGUCGUGUAAGCAUAUCUAUCAUACUGAAUGUAUUGUUCCAUGGCUGAGGGGGUAUAGCAAUUCUUGUCCUCUCUGCCGGCGUGUAACGACGACAACGACGACGACAACAACAACGACAACAACGACGACAACGACAACGACGACAACGAGAAGUGUUCUUGAACGUGAGAGGGGGGUGGGGAUGAUGAGAAGUGGGGGAAGAUGGUCAACUUUGAGAAAACUUGUUGGAGACCAUUUGGGGAUAGUUGCAGCACAUUUGAUGCAGCAGCUGGCUACGUUUGCUUGGUUGCCUUUUGGAGCAAGGUGGUAUUACAUGCUUGCUGGUGCAUGAAAUUGAAGAAAUUCCCUUAAAAAAAAAGAAAUUGAAGAAAUUCUACAUAGUUAAUGAGAAGUUGCAUGCAUGUAUUGCUCGAUUAUUCUCAUACAAGUAUUUAUGGUUCUGUUUUAAUUUGGCACAAGUACUAAUGGCACAAUUAUUAAUAAAAAGAGAGUUUUUUCUCGGAA